AUGGAGAAGGCCGCUGUGAUGGAAAUUGAGGAUCAAAAACAGAGCGAAUUGAAUCGCUUUGGGGAUCUGGAUCAGCAACAGAAACUGACAAAACGUGUGCUUCUCAAACUGGAUUUACAUAUCUUGCCAAUUCUCGCAUUGCUCUUCUUAUGUUCAUUCCUCGAUCGGACAAAUGUCGGCAAUGCCAAAAUCAUUGGUCUGGAGAAAAGCUUAGGCAUCACCGAUCAUCAAUUUGAUGUUGGUCUGACGGUUUUCUAUCUCACUUAUAUCUGCAGCGAGUUACCCAGUAAUCUUGUCCUCAAAAAGGCAUCGCCCAAGUUGUGGCUUCCCUUCUUGACAGCUGUAUGGGGAAUUAUUACCAUGUGCUUGGGCUUUGUCCAGAACUACGCAGGAUUCGUCGCUGUGCGCGCGCUGUUGGGGGUCGCUGAAGGUGGCCUACUCCCGGGCAUGGUGCUGUAUCUGUCGAGCUUCUAUCGACGCGAAGACUUGGCCCUGCGCAUCGGUUUGUUCUAUACCGCUGCGUCUUUGUCGGGUGCUUUUGGGGGUCUUCUUGCGCGUGGACUUGCCGAGAUUGGCCCCCGGGGUGGGCUGGAGGGUUGGAGAUGGAUUCUGAUCAUUGAGGGAAUUUUGACUUUUGCAUGUGGUAUCCUCAGUUUCCUGAUGUUGCCCAACUCUAUCGACUCUGCGAGCUUUUUGACCCCGGAGGAAAAGGAGUUUGGUCAGGAAAGAUUAUCAAUGGACAAUCCCAUCGCGAGAACAGGUACCAUCGCAGCUGAGGCCGACUCGUUCAAGUGGUCCGAAGUGUGCCGCGGUAUUCUCGAACCGCAAGUGUGGUUCUCUGCCUCUGCAUACUUUGCAAUCCUCUCCGGGCUAUAUUCAUUCGGUCUAUUCCUUCCCACCAUCAUCAAGAGUCUGAAUCUUGCCAAGGAUGCCAAUGAAGUCCAACUAUGGAGUGUCAUCCCCUAUGCCGUUGCAGCUGUCAUUACAGUUAUCGUGGCAAUCGUCUCCGAUCGUCUCCGCCUCCGCGGCAUCGUCAUGCUCUUCACUCUUCCGGUUGCAAUUAUCGGUUAUGCCGUCAUCGCCAAUGUCCAAAACCCCCACAUCCAAUAUGGAAUGACUUUUCUCAUGGCCACAGGUCAAUAUGCCAGCGUACCGUGUAUUUUGGUCUGGCUCUCAAACAACUCGGCUGGUCAUUACAAGCGAGCGACUACAUCUGCACUUCAACUGGCCAUUGCAAACUGCGGAGGAUUCGUGGCGACCUUUAAUUACCCUGCGCGUGAUCUGCCAACUUACCACCGUGGCCACACUAUUAUCCUCGGGCUCUUGGUGUUUGCUUGGUUUAUGAUCUUAUGCAACGUGCUCUAUUGCGCCAAGGUGAACAAGGACAAGAGGGAUGGGAAAUAUGACCAAUUCGCGGAUUAUAACGACGAUCGAAACCCGAAUUUUAUGAUGAUUCUCUGA